UUGAUUGCAUCAAAAAACGAACGGCAAUGACUGAGGAUUCCAUGAAUAUGACAGUAAAGCUCGAUGGAGUUGGCGAGUCGCUUGAAUUUUCCGCAGUUUGGUUGAGGGACAAUUGUAGGUGCAAGGACUGCUAUAAUUACGCGACGAAACAACGAAGUAUUGACGUUACACUCCUUUCUCCAUUUUGCUUCGCCUGCCAUUAUUUCUUUGAAAAUGAGAAACUGCAUCUUACCUGGGGAGAUGGUCACAAAUCCACAUUCGACAUCGCUUUCUUGAGACAGUACAGUCAGUUGGAGCAAUGGCCACAACCCUUUCUUUGGAAGGGAGAGGAGGCAAAAUCAUUGGUAACCGCAAUCAGUCUUGGAAAAUUUAAUCAAUUAGAGGGUCAAGAGGAGGUGGCAAAUUCAAUUCUACGGAAUGGAUUGGCGAUAGUGUCAGGCGUUGAACCUACGCUAUCCGCGACGCAAAAUGUGAUCGAAAGGUUAGCGCCGAUUUACCAUACUCUUUUUGGAGGCAUGUGGGAAGUUGGCGACAGUUUAGAGCACCAUGAUACUGCGUAUACCAAGGCAGCGAUUGGACCGCACACAGACAAUACUUAUUUCCUCUAUCCUGCUGGGUUGCAGGUCUUCCACUGCUUGCGUCACGUCGGAGAGGGCGGAGAAACCACCUUGGUCGACGGUUUCCACGCGGCCAUGGAACUCAAGUCGACGGAUCCGCAAAGCUACGCGACCCUCGCAGGGACUCACGUGGAGGCCGAGUAUUUGGAGCCGGCCAAGCACCACCGGGCGACGGGUCCCAUCCUCCGACACCGCGCCGGUACCACCGAGCUGGAACAGAUCCGCUUCAACUGCUACGAUCGGUCGCCGCGACUCCCGGCAAACGCGAACGCCUUCUACUCGGCUCUUCGGAAGCUCGCGGCUAUUGUGCGCGGUGCCGACAACGAGUGGAAGUUCAAACUCGAGCCGGGGAACGUGGUGUUCAUCAACAACUGGCGUGUACUCCAUGGCCGGGCCUCUUUCUCCGGCACCAGGAAUAUGGUCGGCGCCUAUGUCUCUAUGGGCGAGUUUUUAUCCAGAGCUAGAGUGUUGAAGCUCAUACGAUAACCUAUAGGGCUCUUGAAAAUUCUGAACAAAUGGAGAGACCAGAAACAAGAGACUCUCCACGAGCCUCUUGGCGACAGGUAGAAGCUUUUACCUAUGGGGAUUCAACACUUCCUUAUGGACAAUUAUUGGACGUAUUUCUAUCAAACAAAACUAUGUGCUGCUGAGAGAUAUGGGGUGUGCUCUAGGAAGCUGGACCCGCCGCUUAACUCAUGAGCCCUGUCCACAAGGCUCUAGAUACCCCACGGCUCAUGGGUGCCGCACUUAGUUGGCUCACAGUUGCGUUUGCUGAAUUGGAGAAGCGGGAUUUCACGUUCUGUCAAACGGAACUAUGUGCACAGUGUAUGAGCCGUGGACAUGUAUCUAGAGCGUUGAGGACAAGCCAUGAGUUAAGCGGCGGGUGGAAGAGGCGCGACGACGGCUUCGUCACUGGCGCUUUAUAUUUCCCAUUCAUUCUUAUGGCCGGAGCACUGAUGAGCGCACUCCAUCUUUCCCCCUGCACAUAGUUCUGUUCGGUAGAAAUACGUCCAAUUAUCGGAGAAGAUAUGACAGAAGAUCUAAUCUGCUAAAAUACGUGUGUUCAAAUGCCGUAAGAUGACGUCACUAUAGGCGUUGCAUUUCCUCACAUUUAAAUAUAUUUUUAUACUAUUUCCCAAAUCAGAAAAAAAUUAUAAAAAAUACUGUGAGUUCCGCUCUUUAAACACUUUCAGAUGAAGCAAUACAAAAUUUGCACGCAAA